AUGACCGGCAAGAUCAAAGGCAUCCACAAAGGCUUCAAAUCUCUUGUACAAAUCUUUGUUGUGAAAGAGCGAGAGAUGGAAAUUGGUCACCCGACAGAUGUUAUACACGUGGCACACAUUGGUGUGGAUCACUCUUCCGCCGUUAAUCCCAGUUGGAUGAAUGAAUUCAAGAUUGGUCCCAACAAAACAGUAAAACCAAUCAACACCAGAGUUUCUCAACCUACGGCUCUUUCAACUUGGUCCCCUCAAGAUGUUGAUCAAUCAAUGGGGUCUCAUCCAGCAACAGAAAUGACCAGAAAUCGGUCUUGCACGGAUCUUCCAAAUCUUAAUAAGAAGCGAAAAUGCAGAAAGAAGAGCGCUUCCAUGUCCGAGUCAUCAUGCAAGGGCAUUUCUUAUUAA